AGGGCAGCCAUUUUCCCUUUUUUUUUAUAUAAAUAUAUAUACAAUUGAACAAGCUCAUCUAUUAGGAUUGCAAACCUUGAAUAGAACCUAUUUUCCAUCAUCAAACAAGCAACCUUACUCCAUUAGCGAUUUUUUUUUCCUGGCUGGCCCAGUUACGAAAUAACCCAAAAAAACAACGUGAAUACUAUCUAUGCCAUGACCACGGACAUUUCAAAUACCACCCAUUCCACUAGUGAUGAAUUAAACCACUCUUUUAUUGAGAUACAAGAACUACGUACUAGAGCAGAGGAAGAACGCAGAGCAAAGCAAAGGAUGAUUGAAAAGAAUCGAACUCGACUUUUAAAAGAAUUAUUUUUAUUAACCAAAGAUAAUCAAGAUAUCAUGAGUUUUUUAAACGGAGCGAUGGAAGAGAUAUUGACAAGUGAGGAAAUGGUACGAGAACAAGCGUUUCUUAAAAAGCAUGAAUCCAGAGACGGUUUAUUCCCACCUCUUUUCUUACCUAGCCCGACUACUACAACAACAACAACAGCAGAGAUGUCACAAGAGGAGGAGCAGAAACCGAAACAAGCAUUGUAUUUAACCACCACUUUACCGAAACGAUCGGAAUCCAAGCAACAUGCAGUUCAGAUUUACAAUGGACACAAAUUUGUCGAUCGACGUAAUGACGUGCCGUCGGGUAUUGACCUUUAUGCAUGGCAAUUAAAGGCUACAUCCCAACCGUUGUAUAAACAACUACAACAAGCGAGAAAAGUCCUGACAACACACGAUUGGAUGCUUGCAAGGGAUGAAUUAAAGGCAGUGAAGACAAUUGAAAGCAUUGAAAAUCUGAAAAAGAAAAAUAUGUGGAGUUCUCGACAAUUAAAACGACAAAAGAUGAUGCCUCGAACGAAAACGCAUUGGGAUCUGACCUUGGAUGAAAUGAAAUGGAUGAGAACGGAUUUUAAAGAGGAAAGAAAGUGGAAGAUGGCAAAUGCUUAUAAGCUAUCCAAAGCGGUCAUGGAUUGGCAUCGAGCUACGGAUAAAUCCAGCGUGUGUGUCAAGAUACGCGAACCUAGUACUUUAUCCAGCCAAGAAACGAUGGAUGAAAACCCGACGACGACAGUCAGUAUACCCGUGAUGCAGGAUGUCAAUAAUAUACCAGAAGAGGUCAUGCAAGAUGACGACACAAAGGAAGAGGAGGAUGAAAUAAUCAAACCUCAGGUGAAGGAAGAAGAAGAAGAAGAAGAAGAGGAGGAGGAAGAAGAAGAAGAAGGAAAUCGUAUUUCAUCUGAAGUGAUUGCAGAUUAUCGUCGAUUAAUUCAAAUGUUGGAUCUGGAUCAAACCGUAUUUCGAUUACGAGACGACCCCAAAGAAGAAGAACAAGAUUUAAUAGCAUUGUUUCCGGAUUUGAUAUUGUAUUCAGCACCCGAUGGAGAUCGUAUUGGGAAUGAUCCAUACUUUGAUGAAGCAGAAUAUAGUCGUAUUUUACCCUUCAAACUAUCCACACAACGUUUGGUAUUGCAACAGAGGACACGAAAGCGAGAUGCAGAAGGAUUACAAGUAUAUCAUUUAGAAGACCUGUCCAGAAACAACGAACUAUAUGACUCCACUGCAUCCUCACCCUUGUUUGCACCCAAGAAAUCAAAAGAUACACCGGCGAUCCAACCACCUACGCCUCAAGCACCUUCUACACGUAAUCAUGGGAUGACAUGGUCUGAAGAUGAUGAUUUAUGCCUGAUUCAACUGAUUGUACAAUACUCAUUUAAUUGGGAAUUGAUAUGCGAUGCAUUAAACGGGAGUCGGUUGGCAGUUCAUGGAGAGAAGCGUACGCCAUGGGAUUGUCAUGAGCGAUGGAAGCAGAACAAUUUGACCUCACUUUCUGGACAAAUCAAUACUGCCUAUGUCAGCAAAUUGAAAAAGGAGCUUUCAAGAAGACCCUCCGUAUUAAAAUUUGAUUGUGCUCGAAAAAGACAGCGACAAUAUAAUAUAUUUGAAGCUAUUAAAAAGACUCAAAAGAAAAGAGAAGAUUCUAACAAAUCCAAAACCAAUACAGCACCUCCGCGUAGUGUGAUAGAAACUCAUGGUCUGAGUACACAAGGACAAAGAUUACCUUCUGCCAUGGAAUUAAGUCUACACAAGAUUCAAAGGGAAAGACAAAUGGCACAAGCAUUAAUUGAACAGCGUCAAAUGUCUAAUUAUGGUUUGAAUUCACAAGGAAAUGGUAACCCAAUGGCUCCACAGGUAACUACAUCACAAAUGAGACCCCCUACAGCAUUGAAUUCUUCUGCAGCAUCUGCGGCGAUCGCUGCCGCUGCCGCUGCCGCCGCUGCUGCGUCUGCGGCCACCGUCUCCUCUUCCACUACUACCUCCUCUUCCUCCUCGUCUAACGCCGCCUCUGGGGGUACUUCCACCAAUAAUAGGGGGAUACCUAGACCUCCUCCCACACCACAACAACAAUUUCAACAAGCGCAACAACAAGUUCUUGUUCAACAGCAACAACAACAACAGCAAUUACAGCAACAACAACAGCAACAAUUACAACAGCAACAAGCGGCUGUGAUAGCAGCGCAACAGCAGCAGCAACAACAACAACAGCAAGCGCAAGCUCAAGCUCAGGCACAAGCUCAGGCUCAGGCUCAGGCUCAGGCUCAAGCUCAAGCUCAAGCACAAGCGCAAGUUCAGGCACAGGCACAAUUACAAGCUCAGUUACAGGCACAAUUAGGUACGACCAAUCAUAAUGUUGGGGGAAUUCAAAAUCGGUAUCCAGCUGCACAAUUACACUUGUUACGUCAACAGCAGAUGGCCUUGAUGGCGGCGGCGCAACAACAACAACAACAACAACAGCAGCAACAACAACAACAACAACAACAACAGGGAGUAAGACCACCUACUGUGACAGGGCCAAUGCAACAAAGAUUUGCCAAUGUAUUGAAUGCAUCGCAACAAUCACAAGGAUUAUCAUCAUCACCCGUGAUAAAUAGUGAUAAUACAGCGGUAGCUUUAGCAGCCCAAUUAGCCCAAUUAGCACAGUUAGGAUAUCCAAUUCAAUCAUUGGGACAGUUACAACCGAAUCAACAAGCGAAUUUACAGCGAUAUAUAGCGCAAUUGCAAAUGCGUACACCACAAAAUACACCACAACAGCAAAUGCAGCAGAGAUUACAGGUAGCGCAAAUGCAACAACAAAUGCAAUUGCAACAACAAUUGCAAUUACAGCAACAACAACAACAACAACAACAACAGCAACAACAACAACAGCAACAGCAGGUGAAUGGAAACUCACCGCUGUUACAGAGAAGCCCCAAUAAUAAUAAUAGUAAUAAUAAUAAUAAUAAUAAUGGGCACUUGGGCUGAUGAAAAAAAGACAGGGAGAAUUUUUUUUUUUUUUUUAUAUAUAGUAAAGGGUGAACAGGGUUCUCAAACCUGCCCCCCCUUAAUCCCUUUCUUUAUGUAUGACACAAUUAAACUCCAUUUAUAUAUAUAAAC